GUUCGACCACACCUGGAUGACGAGAAAUGGUACCCAGCGUUCGGUGGCGUUUUGAGGGUUAUCUCGACGCUGGAGCAAUCAGGAGCAGGAACCGGUCUCGCGACGUGGAGAAAAAGCGGCGCCUAUCAGAUGAUGCCCAAAAUAGGCGCGCCACCGAUCGACGAACCCGAGGAAGCCGUGCCGCCACUUUACAAAGAGGAGGACACGGGGGUCACGCUGGGAACGACGGAAUUGAUAUCGAUUGCCGUGGUGAGCGCGUUGCUGGUGUGGCUGCUGGUCGGUCUGAGCCUGGUGUGCUACCGAUUCCUCGUGAAGCACUCGGACGAGUGCGGACCCUGCGAUGCGGUGCAUCCUCCCGUCGCCGUUUUGUAUAAAAAUGGGGAAUACUGCGAGGGGGACACGUGCACCCCAAAAGGCCCACGCAAAGGGAUGAUGGAGAAGUGGAGGGAUUACUGGCGAAGCAAGUUCGGCAGAUGUCGCGGAGACUGCCAGGAUCGUCUCACGGACGAAGAACGAUGUCUAGCCGCCAUCAGUUACAGUAGCAAGGAUACGGUAGACGUUAGCAACAGCAGCAGAAGUUACCAAAGAAAAAAAUUCACCAAAUCCGUUUCAGCGACUUUCUCAAGUUUCCGCAAGCAGCGUACACCUAUCAAGAACGUUCACUACAGCUCCGAUGGCUCGUUAACGACGAACACCGAAAGUCCUGGCAAACCAAGAUAAUAAACUAUGAAAUCAUAUUUACUCGUCUUAGUGUUUACGUCG